AUGGACGCCAACUUCCGUGACAAAUGUCAACUCCUUCAACGAAAAGGGGAGUACUGGCGGAAAAUGCCAACUAUCAAACUUCAACUUGACUGCGUCUUGACAAAAAAAUUUCUCUGCUGGGACGUCGAAUUCGACUCCAAUUCUUGUACAAGGAGAUCACCAUCCGAGAUCGUGGGUUGUUCGAUGUUCCGCUUCCAACGUGGUUAA